CCAGCCCGACGCGCCCCGCUCUCAUCACGUGAUUGCCUCAUCCGGGUCCUUUGCGUUCUCUCUCCCUCUCCCAACAUGGCGGCCUCAGCAAAAAAGAAGAAUAAGAAGGGGAAGACUAUCUCCCUAACAGACUUUCUGGCUGAGGAUGGCGGGACUGGUGGAGGAACCACCUACAUCCCCAAACCCGUCAGCUGGGCUGACGAAACAGAUGACCUGGAAGGAGAUGUUUCCACUACAUGGCACAGCAACGAUGACGAUGUGUACAGGGCGCCUCCAAUUGACCGUUCUAUCCUUCCCACCGCUCCACGGGCUGCUCGGGAACCCAAUAUCGACCGGAGCCGUCUUCCCAAGUCGCCACCCUACACUGCUUUCCUAGGGAACCUGCCCUAUGAUGUGACAGAAGACUCCAUUAAGGAAUUCUUCAGGGGAUUAAAUAUUAGUGCAGUGCGCUUACCUCGGGAACCCAGCAACCCAGAGAGGCUGAAAGGCUUUGGCUAUGCCGAGUUCGAGGACCUGGAUUCCCUGCUCAGUGCCCUGAGCCUCAAUGAAGAGUCUUUAGGUAACAGGAGAAUCCGAGUGGAUGUUGCCGACCAAGCACAGGAUAAAGACAGAGAUGACCGUUCCUUUGGCCGAGAUAGAAAUCGGGAUUCUGACAAAACAGACACGGACUGGAGGGCCCGUCCUGCCCAGGACAGCAUGGACGACUACCCACCCCGAAGAGGCGACGACAGCUUUGGAGACAAGUAUCGGGAUCGUUACGAUUCGGACCGGUACCGGGACGGAUACCGGGAUGGAUACCGGGACGGCCCACGCCGGGACAUGGAUCGCUACGGCGGCCGGGAUCGCUACGAUGACCGAGGGAGCAGAGACUAUGAUCGAGGCUAUGAUUCCAGGCUAGGCAGUGGCAGAAGAGCGUUUGGUAGUGGGUACCGCAGGGACGAUGACUACAGGGGAGGCGGGGACCGCUACGAAGACCGCUAUGACAGACGGGACGACCGGUCGUGGGGCUCCAGAGACGAUUACUCCCGGGAUGAUUACAGGCGGGAGGACCGAGGUCCCCCCCAGAGACCCAAACUGAAUCUGAAGCCUCGGAGUACUCCAAAGGAAGACGAUUCCUCUGCUGGCACCUCUCAGUCCAGUCGGGCAGCUUCUAUCUUUGGAGGGGCAAAGCCUGUCGACACAGCUGCUAGAGAAAGAGAGGUAGAAGAACGGCUGCAGAAGGAGCAAGAGAAGCUGCAGCGUCAGCUGGAUGAGCCCAAACUGGAACGACGGCCUCGGGAGAGACACCCGAGCUGGCGAAGUGAAGAAACUCAGGAACGAGAACGGUCGAGGACAGGAAGUGAGUCAUCACAAACUGGGCCUUCAGCCACCUCUGGCAGAAAUGCACGGAGGAGAGAGAGUGAGAAGUCUGUAGAGAAUGAAACACUCAGUAAGGAGGAGGAUUGUCACUCUCCAACUUCUAAGCCUCCCAAAGCCGAUCAGCCCCUAAAGGUAAUGCCAGCCCCUCCGCCAAAGGAGAACGCUUGGGUGAAGCGGAGUUCUAACCCUCCUGCUCGAUCUCCAAGCACAGACCCAGAGCAGCAGUCCCCUACCAGUGGUGGGGGGAAAGUGGCCGCAGCUCAGCCAUCGGAGGAGGGACCAGCAAGGAAAGAUGAAAACAAAGUAGAUGGGAUGAGUGCACCCAAAGGCCAAGGUGGGAACUCGAGCCGCGGUCCAGGAGAUGGCGGGAACAGAGAGCACUGGAAGGAGUCAGACAGGAAAGAUGGCAAAAAGGAACAAGAUGCCAGAUCUGCACCUGAGCCAAAGAAACCUGAAGAAAGUCCAGCCUCUAAAUUCAGUUCUGCCAGCAAGUAUGCCGCUCUCUCUGUGGAUGGGGAAGACGACAACGAGGGGGAAGACACCGAAUAGCCCGCGACGCCUGGGCGCUCUCCUACUCUCUCCACCCUGGAACACUCGAGAGCAAAUCAAACCUCUAUCCAGACAAGACAAAAUAAAACUCACCAUCUCCUGGAGACCUUUCUUAACUUUUUUUUUUUUUUUUUUAAUGAAAUGAAAUUCUUUUGCAUGCUGCUGCAGCCUUUAAAGUAUUUGAAGCCACCGGAGGAUCACCAUUGUGGCCAGAGAGAGCCCACACUGUUUAGCAGAAGAAUUGGGGUGUGUUUUUACAGUACCAAGCGGUUGGCUGCCUGUGUGGCUGGUGCCCAGGGCCUCCCUGGAGCAGCAAUGGCCAUGGCAGAUGGAGUGGCAGGCAGGGAGGUUCAGGGAAGUGAGUGUGGGAGAUUGCUACCUAUUCAUUCUUAGCGUGGCAUAUAUGAAUUUGUAGACGUUACCUGAAUAGAUUUUUCAUCUGGGAAAGAUAAAUUUAGUCUCAAGCUGUUGGAGUUUCCAGGAGGCUGCCAGCCCCUCUUCUUCCUUUACUUCAGAGUUACUGGGGUCAGCCUAGGAGGAUUCUCUUUAUUUUUACCCCCCAGGGGGGUAGUUGAGAGUCUACAGGCCACUAGAGAAUAGAACUGCUUGAGGACCAAAAUACAUUGGAGAAUUGUGGUUCUAAGGAAGCUUUUAGGGUAGGGGAGGGGGCAUUGUGCAGCAGGUGUUGGGUUAUGUCACGCCAGGGGGAGGAGGGAACCUGGUGCACCUGCAGUAAGCGAUGGUGGCGUCCUGGAGAGGGAAUCAUUUGGGGGGGUCCCCUUUUCCUCAAACACUGUGCUCUCUGAAAGCUGAACUAGAACCGCAUUCUGCUGCAACCUGAAAGCUUUAACAUUUCAGACUCUUCACAUUCUUCCUGCUCCUCUCACCGCCCAGAAAGCAGUCCCUGCUUUAAGUCCUGUAGCUGAUCCUCAGGCGCUGUGCUAGCUCAGCCACUGCUGGGGCUGGGAAACGAGAAUCAGUGCUUCCCUCGAGCAAAUCUUGAAGUCAUUUGGACUCUCACUUCCUCCCCUACCUAUGCCUGCUCCUGCUGACUCCUACAAAUGAGAAUGUUUCAGAAUUUGGUGAUGUUGGGAGGAGAACAGGCCAGAUCCCACGGACUGGGGCAGGUAUAGUGGGAGCCUUUCUCACCACUUUUUUUUUUUUUUAAACCAGUUUUCUCUCCACUGAAAUUCCACACACAUGCUUGGGUUUAUAAUGUGACCUAGAUCAGUAUGUGGGGUUUUUGGUUUGGGGUUGCAUUUAUUUUUUUUUUCCCCUAAAAGAAUGAAUAAUGGAGAGAAUUAUUUAACCAGGUGUUGGCUUCUCUGGCCACACAGCCUGUCUGCCUCAGUGUCGGGGUCAGCUCGGUCGAUGGUACCCUUCCCAUCAGGCCUGGGUGCCACAGGCCUGGCCUGGCCCAGCAGGGGUGCUCACUGCAGCGGUGAGCCAUGAUCAUUUGCUCAAUGGACUAAGGACAAACCAAGUGAAUUACCUUCAGAUGAUUGGUGUGGAUGGGCGAGGAGCUGGAAAGCGGGCUUUUCCGAGAGCUACCCAAGGUUGGAAGGGUCUUGCUUGUAGGUAAUGGGAAGGUCAAUGCCCUCUUCAUUUCUACUUCGAAAAAUAGUUGGAUCCUAAAAAGCUGGGUUUUUUCCCCACUCCCUUACCUUGCCCUCCUGUUAAAAUAGAAACAGGGAUUGAUUUAUGUCCCGUUCCUGAAUACAUGUAAAAUUUGUACAAAAAUAUCUUCUAUGAAAAUGAUUUGUAAUCUGUAGACUUAACACCUGGGAGAUGUUGUGAGAUGUAAAAUCCCAUCCUCGGGGUUGUGGGUUUUUUUUGUUUGUUUGUUUUCUCCAAAUAAAUCUGAUCUUUAAAGUUGA